GUGAUAAGAAGAAAUUAAAUGAUAUACUCGUCAGCCAAUAUUAUGGAGAUCGGAAAAGUCUUCUUGAUGACCUCGGCGUUGCUUGGCGGUUUCGUUCUAUUUGUGCGUUUGUUCCGUGCCUUGGUUCUGAAUCCAAAGAGGCUAAGAGCUAUUCUGAGGAAGCAAGGGAUCGAUGGACCGCCAUCGACGUUUCUUCUCGGAAACAUCAGAGAGAUCAGGAAGGCGCAAUCCGCGGCCACCGGCGAGCCCAAAGAGACCCACAAUCUCGCCUCUUUUAUCUUCCCAUUCUUUGAUGAGUGGAGAAACAAAUUUGGUCAAGUUUUUAUGUUUGCGCUUGGGAACAUACAGAUCUUGUGUGUGAAUGAUCCUGACACUGUGAGACACAUAACAACAUGCACGUCCUUAGACUUGGGAAAGCCUACUUAUCAGUACAAGGAACGAGGUCCUUUGCUUGGACAAGGGAUUCUAACUUCAAAUGGCACUAUUUGGGCCCAUCAGAGGAAAAUCCUUGCUCCAGAGUUGUAUAUGGACAAGGUUAAGGGAAUGGUGGGUCUUAUCACAGACUCUACUAUCACGCUUGUGGACUCAUGGAAGAGCAGGAUUGCCAAGGAAGGUGGAGUUGCUAACAUAAAAAUUGAUGAAGACAUGAGAAGUUUCUCCGGAGACGUUAUUUCAAGAGCUUGUUUUGGGAGCAAUUUCACCCAAGGACAAGCGAUUUUCUUUAAAUUGAGAGCUCUCCAAGAAGCCAUGUCCAAAAAGUGUUUUACUUCCGGGAUUCCUGGAGCAAGGCAUCUUCCCACGAAGAACAAUAGAGAAGCAUGGGCUCUUGAGAAGGAACUGCCCAAUUUGAUACUUGAAGUGGCGAGGCAGAGAAAGGAAUUAGCCUCACAUGAGAGGGACUUGCUUCAAAUGGUUCUUGAAGGUGCGAAAAAUAGUGACCUAAGUCAAGAGGCAACUGAUCGUUUCAUUGUUGAUAACUGCAAGAACAUCUACUUGGCUGGCUACGAAACAACCGCGGUCUCCGCCAUUUGGUGUCUCAUGUUGUUGGCCAUGAAUCCGGACUGGCAAGAACGAGUUCGGAAAGAGGCCGUCGAAAUCUGCGGUGGUCAGAAUCCUGAUUAUGAUAUGCUUCGCAAAAUGAAGCAGUUGACUAUGGUCAUUCAUGAAGCGUUGAGGCUGUAUCCCCCGGUGACAGUGGUAUCAAGAGAGGCUUUCAAGGACAUGAGAUUUGGUAACAUUUUUGUACCCAAGGGUGUCAACAUUUGGACGUUGGUUUUGGCUCACCAUACAGACCCAGAAAUAUGGGGACCAGAUUCAUACAAGUUCAACCCAGAGAGAUUCUCAAACGGAAUCACUGGCGCUUGCAAGCUUCCACACCUUUACAUGCCUUUUGGGGUGGGCCCCAGGAUCUGUCUUGGACAGAACUUGGCCAUUGUGGAGCUCAAGAUACUUUUGGCUCUCAUUCUCUCCAGAUUCUCCUUCACCCUCUCUCCAAAUUAUGUCCACAAACCAGUCAUAAGCUUGGUCAUUGAGCCUAAAAAUGGAGUGGAUCUCUUGGUCAGAGAGUUGUGCAUGAGCCAAGAAAAUAAGAGAAAGUAGAGCACAGGAUUUAAUUCUUUGCUCUCUUUAGAACUUUCAUGUGGAAUUGUCUUGGUUCCUUGUUUUCCUUCUGUUUAAAUAGUAAUAUGUUGUCGUUACUACUCUACCUUUUUGUCGUUGGACCCUCAUCAGUACCUUUUUUUUUGUAUCUUUAUCACUGUACGUGUACAAAGCUUGAUUAUACGCUCACACAUAUGAAUAUACGUAUCCCUUGCUAAA